AUGCUCCGUAAUGGGUUCAGUGGCGCCCAGCGCGUGUUCCUCAAUCUCUUCUUUGCGCAUGUGCUUUUCACCUGUGAUUUUCCUGGACUCAGUGAAACUCUGCCGAUCGAUUACUUCUUCGUUUCAAUAUUCAUUUCAAAGAUCUCUGAGCUCUGGGACAAACUCUGUUUUAUCUACAUGUACAUAGCUCCUUUUCAGGCCGGCUGGGGUUCCAUAUUCCAUGCAGUCGCUCAGCUCGGCUCAAUUCCACAUUUCAUGUUUAUUUUGGGCAAUUGCAUUUUCUCCACCAUAAUCUCCGCUCCUUUGGAGCCCUUUGUGGCCAGUGUUUUCUUCAUCACUUCCUACGCCCGACCUAUCCGCUUCUGGGAAGCUACUCAAAAGAUUCAUCGAAUCGAGUCCACAACCACCCCAUUGAUGUCACAACUACGCGGCGUUUCCUUCGAGCAGGUUACAGCGAACCUUAAUGCCAUUUUCUACGAACAUUUGGCUCGAAGUCUUCAACAACGUCUGGCCGGUGACAUUGCACUCGGCCGAUGGUCCGGUGGUACCCUCCAACACGGCGACGUCUUCAUUCUCGCGUCAGACGAACUGCACUUCCUGGUGCAUAUAAUUGAAGUCGGUAACGGCCUCAUUACCUUCCAAAUGCGCGGUCUGGAAUUUGCCGGAACCUACUGUCAUGAACAGGAGAGCAAUGGUCUGAAUGAGGCUCAUCAACUUGAUCGCGGUUUCUGCUGCUGCACGGUCAACUACCCUUCGGAAACUCUGAGCGUCAACGCUGCCCUACGUCUGCGUUGGUUGGCCUGGCAGUUUGUGCACACGCCCUACACCAUUGAGGGUUACCAACUGAUCGACCACAGUGCGGCCACCUCGCUGCAGCUCACUGACCUCAGGAAGUUAGUCCUGGCCCUCUUCAUCCAGGCAAGUUUAUUUGCUGUUGUGCACUGUGUGCCUUUGAUCGAGUACUUGUUA